UUUACCGUAUAAACUAUGAUAGUGGUGGCGAUCUUCUCAUUUAGCUAUCCUGCCUCAAGUUUAGAAGAUAGAGAAGGACGCAUUAUCAUGUCAUUUGAUAUUGUGCUUUAGUCGUGCAAAUUCCCGAUCAAUUUUUAAAAAUAAUAAUUAAAUUACCACACACCAGUUGACACACGGUGAGAGUGGGGCUCUCUGUGGCAUGUGCCUGAAUUGCCCGGUUAGUGAUCAAGCCUCGGUUUCAGUCCAGUUUUAAAAGCUCCGUUGAGCAUUUGAUGAUUUUAUUUUAGAUUGUGUUUAUCAUUCACGUUUGGCCCCCAAGUUCUCCAAAUCUGAUCAUUGUGCAAAAACAACAAGGUAACAAUGCCUUGUUGAGUGUUGGAUACAAACAACGAGUUAAUGGAUCCUCGCUGCUUUAGUCGGGUAUUUACGGUAGCCGUGCUCUUCCAAUCCCGCAACACUUGCUCCUGCCUGCGGGCACAGCUUAUUGCCAGAACUUCAGUGACGCGGUGACACUGGAUUUCUUUUUUUAUUCAUUCACGCUCUGCGCCUUUUUCUUCGUUUUAGUACGUAUAUUUUGCAAAAACAUUUUUACCGAGGCGCAGGUCCAGUGUUGCCGCAUUUUGUAUCCUUGCUGCAGGCCAUUUGGAGUCGCUUUUGGAUGUUUCGUUGCGGACGGUUAGGGAGCACUGAUCCAUCAGCCGCCGUUAAGACCUCUCAGCUUUAAGGAUAAGAUUCUUAUUUAGAAACGGUUACAUAAUCAGGUAAAUACUGACGGUUUUCGGGUACGUUUAACAGCUACUUAUUAUUCAUCCAGUCAUUGUAUUCUGUUGUAGCAAGAUAAUUACUGUCCGUGUUCAUGCCAGAUCUGCAGCGCUUUAGUUUUCCAUAUCAUAGCAUGUAUCCUUUGUUGGGGGCCAACACGCAUCUCCAACAGCAUCCGCAGCAGAGCCAAGCAUCCGGACAUCCAGACUCUCCCUCAGGCCUCCUGCCCGACUACGUUUUCAGUGGAGCGGACCCGACGUCUUUUCUACUGGGUGAGCAGCCCGGCCCGGGGCCUGAUCAGCCGGGGCCUGACUUCACCGCACCCUCACAGACCUCACCUUACCUCCACCACAAUCACAGCAACCACCACUACCAGCACCGCGCUGUGUCGCAUCCUCCCGCAGCCAUGGCUCUCAGAAACGACUUGGGAUCCAACAUCAGCGUCCUCAAAACUCUCAAUCUGAGGUUCAGAUGCUUUUUGGCAAAAGUGCACGAAUUAGAGCGCAGAAAUAAGAUUUUAGAGAAGCAGCUGCAACAGGCGCUGGAUGCCAACAAGGGCUGUCAAGGUGGAUGCUGUGAGAGCAGGGCGCAUACCCAGGAGGCAGGCGUGCAGACCGGAUUUGUCGGGACCAUAGCGCUCAGGCCCGGCUCCCUCCCCUUCCACAACACCAACAACUCAGCCAGGAGGCCUACAACACUAUUCACACCACCGCUCACAACAGCCCUCCCACCUGCAGCUGCCGAACACUCCUGUUCCACCCAAACAAAUGUCAGUUGUAACCCAGCCAUCACCAUCAGCCAGUCCUCUCCCUGUGUGGACUCCCCUGGCUCUGGCUCUAAAACUGUCCCCAACACCAGCUCCACCAACCCACCUCCACGGUUCCUCCCGGGCACCAUCUGGUCCUACAACCACACCCGCAAGUUCGGCCCCGGUGCAGAGCGUCUGACCAGCCCAGGAGUGUCCUGGGUGCACCCUGACGGAGUUGGGGUCCAAAUUGACACCAUCACCCCUGAGAUAAGAGCCCUGUAUAAUGUCCUGGCCAAAGUGAAGCGGGAGAGAGACGAGUACAAACGCAGAUGGGAAGAAGAAUACACUAUGAGGAUGGAUCUGCAACAGAAAAUUGCGGACCUACAAGAGGACCUGCAAGAGAGCGAGGGCUGUCAGGACGAGCUGGCUCUCAGAGUUCAGCAGCUGAAGGCAGAGCUGGUUCUCUUCAAAGGCCUCAUGAGUAAUAACUUGUCAGAGUUAGACAGUAAGAUCCAGGAGAAAGCCAUGAAGGUGGACAUGGACAUCUGCCGCAGGAUCGAUAUCACUGCUCGUCUCUGUGACGUAGCUCAGCAGAGGAACUGUGAAGAUGUGAUCCAGAUGUACCAGGUUCCUAACAACCAAUCAUCCCUAAACUGUCGCCGGAAACAAACUCCUUUGUCCUUCAACAGUAGUGAGUGUGACGAACCUGUCAGCACCUCUGAAAGUGAUGGAGGCGCAGUCAAAGACGAAGAGCACGGCGGCUCAUCAGCCAAUCAGAUCAAUGAGGAGAUGCAGAGGAUGCUGAACCAACUGCGGGAAUGUGAGUUUGAAGAUGAUUGCGACAGUCUGGCCUGGGAGGAGACUGAAGAGACGCUGCUUCUUUGGGAGGACUUCCCAGGAUGCACUCUGCCUCCUGACCCCACCCACCCACCUGGAGAGGAGGACUGUCUGGAAAAGGUGAUUAAUGACACCGAAUGUCUUUUCAAGUCCAGAGAGAAGGAAUACCAAGAGACAAUUGACCAGAUUGAGCUGGAACUGGCCACAGCAAAGAGUGACAUGAACCGACACUUGCACGAGUACAUGGAGAUGUGCUCGAUGAAGCGAGGCCUAGAUGUUCAGAUGGAGACCUGCAGAAGACUCAUCACACAGAGUGGAGACAGUGACUCUGCAGCACCUGCGUCCACCGAGGACAGUGACCAGAGAGAAAGCGACAAGUCUUCAGCAUCUCCACCUUCUUCCUCGAGCGCUGGGAGAUCUUGACACUUCCUCACUCUGACAGUAAAUGGGGCUGUGGUCAUGUGACCUCCACUGCUUCCAGCUACAGUACCACACCAAUGCAAUACACACCUGUAACUAUGGCAACACCUUGUUUACAUAUAAACCUCUCCAUUUACUGAGUCACAUUGUUUAUUCUUUCUGCUGUCCACGCAAAUCAGCUUUGGUCUUUGAGACUCUGAGCACUGAAACUGUGACUGAGUAGCAGAGCUGGAUUUUUGUUAUUACUACUCCGUGCAGAUGUCACUGCCCUGCAGAGGGAAGAGGUCUUCUUGUAGUUGGACCAUGUCAUUGUGUGUUUGGAUUGUUUGGAUGAUGUGAAUGGAUUGUCCUGGGAAGAUUCAUAAGGUUGAAGAUCCUGAAUUUAUUGUAAGUAACCAGGCUCCUUGUAGUGUGGUGAGGCAGUGCAGUGCUGUAGGAUACAGGAAAGCAUAGCAUGAUUUAUUCACUCCACACACAAUAAAAAACACUUGAUAACAUGCACAUCUGAAGCUAAUCAAGCAAAUACCUGUCACAAGGUCACAAGAACCUCCACACAAAUUUACAGGCCUAUAAUUUACAUUCUACCAGUAAAAAAACAAAAAAUCGGGGAACAGGAUAGUUUGAGCGUUUAAGUACUGUAACAAAGGUUGUCCUGGAGUUAACUGAGUGUAUUUCUGAGUUUGAUUGGUAAGCUUGGUAUUGAUGAUGAGCUUGAGUUUUUAAAGUCUAAUAACAUGUCAUGAUUCAGCAUUUUACUGCCUUACAGCUGCAGAUUCAGAGCUUGCUUUGUAUCUGCAUAGCAACAGAUUAAACCACAGGCAAAGCAAACCUUAAGUCAUAAAUAAAUCAUAACAUCUGUGCUUUAGCAAAACAUAAAGUGGAAAAAUUAUAAAGAAAAUAACCUAAACAUCACUGUCCAGGGUGUACCCUGCCUAAGGCCCAAAGUCACUGGGAUAGGCUCCAGUCACCCGCGACCCCUAACGGGACCAAGCGGUAGAAAAUGGAUGGAUGGAUGGAUAACCUAAACAUUAGCUGUGUGUAUAUUUGUGCAGCAGAGUUGCGUCUCUGAAUGUCUCCUCCCUCUUGCCAAUAUAAAUUAGGUUCGAAAACAGUAAAAAGAAAAAAGAAAAGUUGUGGUCUGUCAUGAAUAUCAUAUUCUGACGUCUAAUUCAAUUAUUAAUCUGCUGUGAAUUACCUGGAUCCAAACAGGAUUUCAUGAGAGAAAUCCACUGUCAAACAGUUCAACCAUGUUAUCCAUUGUUGAUGUACUUUGGAUUUCCUGGCUCAUUAAAUGUUGCAUUACAUCUACGAAUAAAUGGCCAAAAUAGCUCAUCAUGUUACAAUUUUUCCACUGCAGUUACAGUCAAUUUUAACAGUACUUACAACAUUGGCAACAAGCAUCAGCAUAAUUUUGGUGUCAGGCUUAGGAAGAGCAAAGCACACCAACACUGCAACCCUGAUACACAGAGAAAUCCAUCCUAGAAUAGGCACCAACAUCACUGUCUCAGUGGGAAUGGUUGAAAAUGAAUUCGGACAAUAACUAAAUAGAAGCAGGUGAAGCAUUUUUAAGGAAAGUUAGAACACCAUCAAGGUAAUUUACAACAUUUCAUAACAAAAAACACAUCUGAAAUGGACUGAACAUUGCAGAUCGCAGACCUCAACUGUUUGAGGUGUGUAAUUUCUAUGAAUGGUGCUUCAUAAGAAACCUGAAGUUGUUCCAGGAGACAGCAGUGAAGGAUUUUGGCAGUGUCAGAGGGAAACAUGUUUGUUUUGGAGUCAGUGUUGGCUCUUCAUUCUGCUCUCUGUGUCACUGACACUCAGACAAGAAAAGUAAGAAAAGUACUGCACAAUAAAGUGCAUGUAGCUGUUAAUAAUUAGUUAUAUUUUCAGCAGUAAUGCUCAGAUUAGAGUCAGGUCCUGUGUUGUUCGAGCAGAGCUGCAUGGUUGAGCAGGAUCACUUUAAGGAUUGUAUUAGACAAACAAAAAGAUGGUCAGGAAAUAAUGUUAGUUAGCCGUUUGUGCCAAAAUAAAUGAAUGUGGUCAGAUUGUGAAUCAACAGGAAAUUUCUGGGGCUUAAAAAAGAAUGACUAAAUGUAGCUGCCGAAGCUAUUUCACCAAGGUGCUUGAUGUAUAUAACUAAAACUAUUUUUGAGCCUGUAAACAUUUGCACAUAGAAAUGAAGAGCAAAGGAAAAAUGUAUAUGAAACAAUCAGCACUAUUACUUGUAAAACAUGUAACAAAAAAUGUUGACACGCUGGAAAUAGAAAGCUAUUCAUAUUUCCUCAUCUUUGACAUGUUGCAGGUGGGGUACUAGAAUAAUAAAUUAACGCACACAUACCUCAUUUUUACUUUAUUUUUAUUUACUCUUAAGUUUUUCUGGGCACAUUUGACCAUGAACUUUAACUCCGAGGCACAGCUACAGUAAAACAUAUAUUAGCAUACUACUGGAAAUCGUCACUGUCAGGGGAACGCCCCCUACCAUCACUGCUGUAUUAUCAGACACUGUUGUCUAAAUAUAGUCCUGGCUGUUGUUUCUUCUGUGUGGUUGAACCAGGUGAAAUGUAUUCUGCUUCAACUGCGACUCACACAUCAAGACUUUGUUUUAAUUAUAAAGACAGUAGGUGGACAGAUUUGAAGCUUAUAUAAACUCAUGCAUGUGUGGCUGUUGGAAUCAGCUGAAUGCUAAUCGCAGUGUUUCACUACUGUUUGACUACCAAUGGAGGAUGUCAGAGAUAAAUUGUGUGAGACAUAAAACACGCCAUUUCCCUUUGUAUAGGUUUACUUUCACGCACUGAGUGAGUCUCUAUGUAUGCAUGUGCCAGUAUGUAUGUUUUUGGGUAUUAUGUCUGUAUAGAGUGUUUUUAAAAAGACUUUUACUGGGGCAAAUGUACAACACGAAGAAGAAGGAAACAUAAUGAGUCCAAUUUGAUAUUGUCUCUAUGUUUAGCAGUUUAACUUUACAAGAGAAAUUUGAGACUGAGCUGUCUUUUGUCAAUAAUCACCUCAAAAAUUGUAAAUAUUUAAAUCAAAUGACAAUGGAGUUCCUUUUUCCAUUGGUACUCUUUCUUUAUGAGUGUAUGUUGUUGCCAAAUAAAGUCAAUUUAAAAAUAACUCAAGUAAAAAAAAAGAGAAAUACUGAAAUGCUAAUGCUUUAGUGAAAUGACUGUAAGAUGGCUUUGAUAAUAUAUGUGUAAAGGAAAUAUAGCUUUGAAUAUAUAUUUGUGUUCGAAGACUGCAAAAGAAGAAUGUCCAGUCACACACCUGAAAAGAAGAUGCAAGAUAAAAGGACUCUAUUUAGCUUUUCAGUGGAAAUUAUGGCUGUUAUGACAAGAAAUUCUAUUUUGUCACUUCUUCAAUGUCUUUACAGAGGAGAAAGCCUGAAAAUAUUUUAAUUCAAUUUGUGUCACAUAACAAUUUGAUGAUAAUCCUGAGUACUGAUUGAGUACUCCAGAUGUGUGACUAUGCAGCUUUAAACAUCAAGACAGUAAUUUAGCCUAAAAAGCUUCACUGCAGAACUACAGUAUGUAAUGUGUCAAGAGAGACUGAAAGAAUAAAACAUGCAACUGAGCAACAA